CAACCUGUACCAGUWCAACGGACGACGUACGAAGUAGUGGUGAAUGUCGUACCUCGUAGCUAGCUGGUACUAACGUCACUUACCCCGUACGGUAGGAAACUAACCAUAAAAAGAUUUUGUGGAGAAGAUUCGAUCCCAGAGUCUCCAAAACAAAAAACCACGAUGCGGAUGAUGAAACAAUUGAUGCGCGUGCUCCGAACCACAUUCGCGACCGCAUCUACAGCUACAGCUACAUCUGCAUCUGCAUCUGCAUCGGUAUCGUUGUCCUCACAACUUCCUUCGCAAGAGCCCUCCUCGUGGAUGCGAUGUACCCACCGCCUUCCCGUCACCAGGGGCAACCGUGGCAGCAGCAGAAGCAGCUCUAGCGGGCCUUUUUCUUCUGCCASUGGGUCGAGAASRAGUGGCACCCGCACCGCAGCACGGCAGCAAGGCCGGCACUCCCUGCUCGAYGGGAAUGCUUGCAAAGCGAGCGAUCGUGCGCGUGCGCGAUUCGGGGCCGAGCACCGAUAUCGAAAUCCUUCGUGCUGGAUCGACACGGACGUAGGCUUUGACGACUUGCUAGCGAUCGAGUGCUGCAACGGGUACUCGGAUGGCGGGAGCGRGGAACCAGGGAAAGAAACGGGAGCCGAAAAGGGAUCGGGAAACGAAACGGAUGUUUCACCCGUCGUCGGGAUUUCGACGGUCGGAACBGGAAUAAUUUCUGAUCCGCUAGAUGGGGUGGCAAUCCUCACGGGGUUGCUGAUGCCAACCGGGGGAAGAGAGAACAGCAACAACAUCGAACGUGAAGAAACGAAUGGUAGCAGCUGUGAUGCUUCUACASAUUCCGGUAGGAAUCYGGUGGCGUUUCCAAUUCUUCCGGGUCGAAAGACGAGAACCAGAACCGRGGGUCACWACGAAGCCAAUCGGGASUGCAACGCCGUCGGUGAUCCCCCUUGGCUGAGAACGGUUCGUGAUCAAAUCACGGCGUUUUGUUCUUCCGAGGGGAUUCUUCUCCCCUCGCAAAAGAAUCUAGUUUCCGACGAAACCGAAACCGAAAUCGAAACCGAAAACGCUCCAACCGACGACAGCAGCAGCAACGGUACGACCGUGACCACCUCCGACCACGGGGAGGCAACCGCUGCCGUUGUUUCGGCAGCACCCGCCAACACCGAGAACGAAAACAGCCGCGACGACAAGCACGGCGGCCACGACCAAAUCGACCUGGUGUGCCUCGGGCCGCUGACCAAUCUGGCUCGGUGGCUCGAAGAGAUGCCGGGCUUUGCGUCCGRUCGCUUGAACUCGGUGUGGAUCCUGGGCGGAAACCUCCCGGUUCCGGCCCCCGGCACGAACGAAAACACCGAAGCGGAAGGCGUCCGGGCGGAAUUCAACUUUGCGAGGGACCCGGAAGCGGUYCGUCGUGUCUUCUCUCACGAGGGAUUGCACGGCAUACCGAUCCACCUCGUCCCGCAGGAGGUUUGCGACAGGAGUGCCUUUGAAGCGUCCUUCCUUSGCCAUUACCAGCAGCAACARCAGSAAAACGCUAGAACCGGUGAUCCAACCGUUGCAAACYCAUUGCCAAAAGUUUCGGCAGCAAAGAUCAUUGAGGAUUGGUUGCAAUCAUCUUUGCUGCCGCCAGAAACGCAACAAYUACGCCAGCCGCAUGCAAGAAAAUCUGCCAGAACAACGACAAGGGAUUCCAUAGCGACUACGAGUACCGUGUCGUCAUUGCURCCGACUUGGAUUGUCCGACUGAUCCAGACAAGGACUUAUUCUGUCUACGGAGACCCCAUCUGUAUCUACGUUCGAGACAAUUGCUACGAGURYAKCUCCACCUCACACCCAAACAACAAAGCUGUCGGCGCGAAAACGAAUGGCGACUGUGAAAGCAAUAKUGAGGGGGGAAAUGGUUUUGCUGAACGAAGACCACCGAAGAUUCGGUGGAAAGAAUAYUCAACGAARCGAACUUGCGACAACGCCAAGGACGUAAUUAAAGUCGAUUCUGACGGUAGACUGGUGUUUUGGGACGCCCAUGAUUCCAAUUGGAAAGAAGCAGAUGGUUCUGUUCCAUUCACUACGAACACAGCCGACAGCGUCGAUGGCAAUUUCAAUGACCAGCAAUCCAUCCUCCAGAGUCCUACCGACGAAGAAGCAUCGUCGUCGGAGCACGGCGGCGGCAGUGACGAGUCUAUCACCAUUCGUGUGGCACACGAGGUAGAGCUUGGGCCUAUCUAUCUCGAUUGGCUGACAAAAGCGUUGACAUCCUCGGCACCCGAGGACGCCUAGUUACMUAAUUCGGCAAACCCAGAAAGGUACUUGUGUGGUGYGCUCUCCGGGGGAAUUGGCAGAAGAAACCAAGGRCUGAUUCACGGGAAUCAACAAUCCUCCCUUGGUCGCGUUGUUACCCGGGGCGGGAGGUUCCACAAACUGUUUGGUUUGAGGUGUUCGUUGUGAACUACGAAGUAMUGAGCUUCAAACGCGGUACAUUGAUCUCUGCCCCGAGAUGAAUGAUACCUUGYGCUCARAUCGUGGCGCAAGGUGGUACAASCAGCAAUAUAGAAWGCKACSUCAUYGGUCAAAUGAAGUACGAWRAUACGACAGCUGUUGGAUCUCGACGACCCUUGUGUGUCGGAGGCUGUGAACRGAACAGAAGRCUUGGGUUUGAGCAAAAGAGUUUGCUAGUAUUCAAACAWGGAUCCUUGCGGGGCGAAAUAAGCUUCCAGCGGUGAC